AUGAAUAUUACUGUCAACACCAAUAACAUAAAGCUUGUUUUUGACAUCAGUACCAUGAUCAGAUCAAAUUAUUUCAGCUUAAUUAAUGUGCCUGAUUACUUUACUUCUGUUGUUUCUGCUUCUGCUGCUAUCAUCUGCUGUCUGUAUUCUGCCCCUAUCUCACUAACUACUGCUGCUGCUCCACCAUCACUGCCACUGCUCAUCACCAUCUUUCUGCCUUCCUCCAGCACUGACAGGGUCUUCACCUGUCAAAUAGUGGGUAUUAGAGCCCCUGUCUGGUUCACAAAGCCAGUUCUGGAGAAGCAGGAGAAGAAGAAGAAGAAGAAAAAGAAGAAGACAAAGAGAGAAAAAAAGAAGAAGAGAGAGAAGAAGAAAGAGAAAGAGAAUUAUAAUAAUAAUGAAAAUGAUAAUAAUAACAAGAAUGAUGAUAAUAAUAAUGAUGAUAAACUUGUUAUUUAG